GCAAAGGGAGGAGCGCAUCUCGGCGCAGAGAUGCUGCAGUGAACCGGCGGCACACACGCGCGCACACACGCACACGCGCACACGCGCGCCCUCGCCCGCCGCUGCACCAGGACGGCAGCGAGCGCUGGGGCUGAGGGAGCGGAGCGGAGGAGGGCGGCCCGGGGCGGCAGCCCGGCUGGCUCGGCUCCCGGCGUGAGCGGAGACCCCCUUCCCCGGCCAACACCCUCCUUGCAUCCCAGGUGCCUCUCGGCCUCCAGCCGGAGUCUCCGGAGUCUCCGUGUGCUGGGCUGAGGCUCGUCUCCGCUGCCCGCCCCAGCCUGGAGUGCCCACCAUGGGGACGCCCAUCGGGAGGAAAGCAGGCCUGCUGAUGCUGGUAGCCGCGGCCCUAGUCUCCACCCCAGCUUGGAGCUCGGCCUGGGGAUCCCCAGCUACCUUUGGGCCUGUCUUUGAAGAGCAACCCCUCGGCCUGCUAUUCCCAGAGGAGUCCACAGAGGAGAAGGUGAUGCUGGCGUGCCGCGCACGGGCCAGCCCCCCGGCUACCUAUAGGUGGAAGAUGAACGGCACCGAGAUGAAGCUGGAGCCGGGCUCCCGCCAGCAGCUAGUCGGCGGCAACCUGGUCAUCAUGAACCCCAGCAAGGCCCAGGAUGCUGGCGUCUACCAGUGCCUGGCCUCCAACCCCGUGGGCACGGUCGUCAGCAGAGAGGCUGUCCUCCGCUUCGGCUUUUUGCAGGAAUUCUCCAAGGAGGAUCGAGACCCAGUGAAGACCCACGAAGGCUGGGGGGUGAUGCUGCCCUGCAACCCGCCCGCCCACUACCCAGGCUUGUCCUACCGCUGGCUCCUCAAUGAGUUCCCCAACUUCAUCCCGACGGAUGGGCGGCACUUCGUGUCCCAGACCACAGGGAACCUGUACAUCGCACGGACCAACGCCUCAGACCUGGGCAACUACUCCUGCCUGGCCACCAGCCACAUGGACUUCUCCACCAAGAGCGUCUUCAGCAAGUUCGCUCAGCUCAACCUGGCUGCAGAAGACACCAGGCUCUUUGCUCCCAGCAUCAAGGCCAGGUUCCCGGCAGAGACCUACGCCCUGGUCGGACAGCAGGUCACCCUGGAGUGCUUCGCCUUCGGGAACCCGGUCCCCAGGAUCAAAUGGCGCAAAGUGGACGGCUCCCUGUCCCCGCAGUGGGCCACGGCCGAGCCCACCCUGCAGAUCCCCAGCGUGGGCUUCGAGGACGAGGGCACCUACGAGUGUGAGGCGGAGAACGCCAAGGGCCGCGACACCGUCCAGGGCCGCAUCAUCGUGCAGGCUCAGCCCGAGUGGCUCCGGGUGAUCUCCGACAGGGAGGCUGACAUCGGUUCGGAUCUCCACUGGGCGUGCGCCGCCGCCGGCAAGCCCCGGCCCGCAGUGCGCUGGCUGCGGAACGGGGAGCCUCUGACCUCCCAGGCCCGGGUAGAAGUGCUGGCCGGGGACUUGCGGUUCUCCAAGCUGAGCCUGGAGGACUCAGGCAUGUACCAGUGCGUGGCGGAGAACAAGCACGGUACCAUCUACGCCAGCGCCGAGCUGGCGGUGCAAGCGCUUGCCCCCGACUUCAGGCUGAACCCUGUAAGGCGUCUGAUCCCUGCAGCCCGAGGAGGAGAGGUCGUGAUCCCCUGCCAGCCCCGGGCCGCUCCUAAGGCAGUGGUGCUCUGGAGCAAAGGCACUGAAAUUUUGGUCAACAGCAGCAGAGUGACUGUGACUCCAGAUGGCACCUUGAUCAUUAGAAACGUCAGUCGGUCCGAUGAAGGCAAAUACACCUGCUUUGCUGAGAACUUCAUGGGGAAAGCCAACAGCACGGGCACCCUGUCUGUGCGAGAUGCAACCAAAAUCACGCUAGCCCCCUCGAGCGCCGACAUCAACCUAGGUGACAACCUGACCCUGCAAUGCCAUGCCUCCCACGACCCCACCAUGGACCUCACCUUCGUCUGGACCCUGGACGACUUCCCCAUCGACUCUGACAAGCCUGGGGGUCACUACCGAAGGGUCAGCGUGAAGGAGACAGUUGGGGAUCUGACCAUCCUGAAUGCCCAGCUGCGCCAUGGCGGGAAGUACACGUGCACGGCCCAGACAGUGGUGGACAGCGCGUCUAAGGAGGCCACGGUCCUGGUCCGAGGUCCGCCAGGUGCCCCAGGAGGCGUGGUGGUGAGAGACAUCGGCGACACCUCUGUCCAGCUCAGCUGGAGCCGUGGCUUUGACAACCAUAGCCCCAUCGCCAAGUACACCCUGCAAGCUCGCACUCUGCCUUCAGGGAAGUGGAAGCAGGUUCGGACUAAUCCCGCCAACAUCGAGGGAAACGCCGAGACUGCCCAGGUGCUGGGCCUCACACCCUGGACGGACUACGAGUUCCGGGUCUUAGCCAGCAACAUCCUGGGCACUGGGGAGCCCAGUGGACCCUCCAGCAAAAUCCAGACCAAGGAAGCAGCCCCCUCGGUAGCCCCGUCGGGUCUCAGCGGAGGCGGUGGAGCGCCGGGAGAGCUCACCGUGACCUGGACGCCCAUGUCCCGGGAGUACCAGCACGGAGGCGGCUUCGGCUACCUGGUGUCCUUCCGCAGGCAGGGCGGCACCAGCUGGCAGACCGCGAGGGUGCCCGGCGCCGACGCCCAGUACUUCGUCUACAGCAACGACAGCGUCCGGCCCUACACGCCCUUUGAGGUCAAGAUCCGCAGCUACAACCGCCGCGGGGACGGGCCCGAGAGCCUCGUGGCCGUCGUGUACUCAGCCGAGGAAGAGCCCAGGGUGGCCCCUCCCAAGGUCUGGGCCAAAGGGGUCUCGUCCUCGGAGAUGAACGUGAGCUGGGAACCCGUGCAGCAGGACAUGAACGGUAUCCUCCUGGGGUACGAGAUCCGCUACUGGAAGGCUGGCGACAAAGCAGCGGCCGCUGACCGAGUGAGGACAGCAGGGCUGGACAGCAGCGCCCUGGUCACGGGCCUGCACCCUAACACCAAGUACCACGUGACCGUGCGGGCCUACAACCGGGCCGGCACCGGGCCCGCCAGCCCCUCUGCCAACGCCACCACCAUGAAGCCGCCUCCACGGCGACCCCCAGGCAACAUCUCCUGGACUUUCUCGAGCUCCAGUCUGAGUAUCAAGUGGGACCCUGUAGUCCCGCUGAGUAAUGAGUCUGCAGUCACAGGCUACAAGAUGCUGUACCAGAACGACCUACACCCGACUCCCACGCUGCACCUCACCAGCAAGAACCGGAUAGAAAUCACAGUUCCCGAGGACAUCGGCCACGCGCUGGUGCAGAUUCGGACCACAGGGCCAGGAGGCGACGGGGUCCCGGCAGAGGUUCACAUCGUGCGGAAUGGAGGCACCAGCAUGAUGGUGGAGAACUCCGCAGUCUGUCCAGCCCCGCAUCUGGACACCGCCCUCACCCACUCCGUGGCAGCGCUGGUCCUCUUAGGCUACCUGCAGCUCUGAUCUCGGCACCCUGCCUCCCUGCCACAGCUGGGCGCCCACCUCGACGGACAACCGGCUGGCCCCAGUCCCUUCCCGAUGCCAAGGUGGUCCAGCACUGUGCCUGAGAACGGCUGGUUUCAAACACUGACUUUAUUACAGAGCCCUUUUCGUAGGAGGUAGGAUAUGUCAUAUUCUGCCACAGGAUAGAACCCAUGCAAGCAUUUUUUUUUUAAUCGAGAGGCACCAGGCAGUAGCUUCCAUGAUGACACUGAACCCUAUGCCUGGGCCCUCUAGGGUGCCUGCAUGGAAGGCAGGAAGAAGGGGGUUAAACGUGUAUCUGUGUAUCAGCGGAGAUGGCACUCUGGGACUGCAUAUGGACUCUGGCCCAGACGGCAGAAUCCUCAGCCCAGGAACAAUGGACGGGAAUGGGCUGACGUGGGACAAAGCACCCACAGCAGCGUCACUCAGUCUAAGGAGCAGUCCCGACCUGAAGACCUGGGACUCUUCUCCUUUCUCCUCUGGCAAGGCAGCAUGGCUGGGCCCUGACACUGUCCUCGAGGACUCCCUGGAGGCCCCCACCACCCGCCCAGAUGGCUGAGACCCGUGUCCUGGUGUCAGGCCGGCAGCUGAGCCCCUGCCGCUCUGGGUGGCCGUGUUCCCGACUGCUGGGUGGGAAAGAGGCUGGGCCUCCUGCUGGAACGCUGCACCAGACUGGGCCUGAGGCGCAGUCACACCUUAGGUGACGUCACCCUCUUAGCCAGCACUGCCAACCCGACCUGUCGCCUCGAGUGACAGAAGCCACGACAGGUGGCUGGUGACUAAAGGGCUCGUCUUGGGGAAGUCCCCCACCACACCAAGACCCAUCCUGCGUGGUCCGUCCAGGGUCUGGGCAGGGCAGGACAGCCGUUGUGCCCCACCGGCUUCAUCCCGCGGAACGUGAUGUCAUCCCCUGUCUGCAGUCAGGCACCUUCCGAGAAGCCCAGAGGAUAAAGGCGGCCCUGCCCGCUCCCAGGAAGGCCCCGGGCCGUCGGGCGAGCCGACCCCCACGCGGCCUUGGGUGCUGUUCUGCAUUUCCCCCGAAGAUGAGGGCGCGAGUAAAGGGGGCCCCUGGCCUGCUCUCGGGGUGCGGUGCCAGUCCCGGCACAUCAGAGCUGGAAGAGGCUUAGACCUCAGCGUGCCCAGGCCCCUGCUCUACGGGGAGGAUGCGGAGACUGGGAGGAGGAGGGCCUGCUUCCGGUCACACAGCCCGCCAGGGCUGGGGCAGAAACGGCUCUCUUCUCCCACCGGCCCUAGGUCCUUUGUCUACCGAGGAAGGGGGCCAUGCUGAAUGGCCAUGACCUGGUUAAGAAGGUGAUCAAGAAGGGCAGAGUGGACUGUGAAAACCCUGCUUCAGGAGGUUCCGGUGGGUGACGGUGGGGUGAUUGGCAUGGCUGGCUUCCAGCCCACGGCAUGUGCAGACUGCCGGAGAUCCUGUCUUCCUUUGCCUCCUGAGCUGGCUUCUUCAGGGCCCUCAACACGCAGUGCUGGCUUGGACCCCCCUGUGCCCCUUACCCUUGCUUCAAGAGGCCAAAGCAAGGGCAGGGAUUCCCCAAAUGCAGGCAUCAGUGGAGGCAUGACCAGGAGAUUCCAAAGCCUGUGUUGUGACAGGUGACCCUUCGCAUAUGGGUCAGCAGGACAGGCGUCGCAGGGGACGGGCCCUGAGCCUGGUUUCUGUCGUUUACAGUCAGAGCUCUAUUUUGUUAUGGUUUUUAACAUUUUUAAGCCCUGCUCUAUUUUACUGGGCAGGUUUGUGUUGAUGUUUACCCACUACAGUUUUUUAACAGUGUCAGCUCACAUGCCUUCUCUGUGCCACCACAGCACCCACCGCCCUGUCCCCGGCCCGGGGCACUGCCCCCCGGGCCCUCCGAUCAGACCCUCCUGCCUGCCCCUGUCCGUCAUCCCCACGCGGUGCCGGGGGCUGAGGUCCGUGCCCGCCCUGCCACUGCAGAGACCCGAAUCUGGCCUGGCGCCCAGCCUGGUCCUGCAUGGCUGUGAGGCGGCCUGUACCCCGCUCUUGGAAAGGGGGAUCUCAAAGAAGGACACCUCCUUCCAAGGUCUCGCUGACUCUUUCUUCGUUGCCUUAACUGUGGCAGAAGCAGAGGGCCAGGUGUCCAGACACCGGCCACGGGGGCUGCAGCUGCGGCCCUGGGCUUGCUUGAAGCCAGAGACACAACCGAGAGUCUUAGUUCUGGGGGGGAGACCGACCCUCUGGGAAACCCAGGAAGGAUUUUUUAUGAGUAACUAGGAAAACUCAGCCUCAGGAACACCUCAGCCCUGUGUAGGGAGGACUCACUUGGGGGGACUCAGAAAAGACAGAAACAGACGUUCCUGCAGGCCGAGAGCCGACUCAGACCGCAGGGGAUGGCAGGUGACCCGAGGGCGCACAGGCGUGGGAAGCAGAACGGCCUCUUGGGGCGGUGGCCGCACGGGAGCGUGCAUGCAGGCGGAAGGCGAGAUGGGGCAUCGUCUGAGCCCCUCUCUGCCCGAGGCCGGCCUGCCACCACCUCCGCCGAGGUGGGCCGAGGCUCACAACGCGACCCGGGAUCCGUCCCUUCAUGUGCCGAGCCCCGGCCGGCAACCAAGGCUCAGUGGCCAGAGAGCGCCUGAGCACCCAGGGCAGAGCCUGCCCCAGGGCCCGGGAGACGGCUCUGCGCACGCCGGGCUCGGCCAGGGGGGCCCCUGCCCCCGUCCUGGCUCCACCCUGCUCUUUGCCCCACAGCCCCGACGGUACCUCAGCCGGACAGCCCUCUCCAGGCACAGCCUCAGGGCCCAGCGGUGCCAGGGAACAGGAAGGCCGUGGGCCAGGGGCUCUUUUCUAUGAAACGACAGCAGAGUCGUCAGAGAAGACGUCUGCAAGGAGACCUUUCCUAGGGGGCUGUGAGGAAUUCUGACAGCUGUGUCUUGGGGUCUGGGUUAGGUGAUCACUGGAGGGGAUGCUCUAAGUGCCCUUCAGGACUGGCAUUCUUGGAAUCAAAACGUGCUCAGCACAGAAGUCUUGGCACUCCUGUCCGCACUGCGGGGGAGUGACUGCAGUCACCGUCAUUUGCGGGGGGAGGCACACCCCAGGCAUUCUCUGCCCAGCACUGCCUCUUGGCAGUCCCAGGAGUGGUCUGGUCUCCUCUGGGCAAGAGCCCGAGCUGACUCCAGAAUGUUUCACCCCCUCGAGUCUUCCCCGCUGGAGGACUCUGUGCUCGUCCUGUGACCGCCUGCUGGCUCCUCUAUAUGGAGGGACAGCACGGUGCUCCUGCCUGCGUUUGCGGCACAGGGGUGGCGCCCUCUUUCCCUGGCUCAGGUCAGACCAGGCUUCAUCCUGGAGACGAGCGAGGUGGCCGGAGAGGCCCCUGGAGCGGCACAAGGGGUCCGACGGGCACUUAAGGAACUUCAUGGAGAGCUCCACAGAGAGGUGCCCGGGAGCCAGCUACAUGUAUAGGCUUUGGGAAGGCAGGACAAUAAAAGGAAAAUGAAGAGGGAAAAAGAUGGGUCAGAUAGCCUGCCCCAGUCCUAGGAAGCCUCAUGCCCUCAGACGGGGUCCACCCUGCUUUGACCCUGACUCCAGCCGACACACCCCCUUGCAGGGUCUGCAUAGCUUAGAAAAGCUCCAAGGGCAAGGGUUGGGGCCUCAUCGGGCCGCUGUUAACUCGGCUUUUGUUAAAACGGACCCGCUCCCACUGAUCUGUUAUUACCUGUCUCUCUCACACUUCUUGUAAUAGUAGUUAUUUAUUGACUCUGGUAGCAGGCAGUUCUUAAAUAAAGAUGGUUUCUCAACCUGGG